AUGUCAGAUGCAGUUUUGGGCACUGGCCCGGAUGCGCUCGACGAGACGUUGGGGCGUCUUUCCAAAAAGGCAGGCGUGAGGGCAACCAUUGCUCUAGACCGCGCCUCUGGGGCCAUUCUCAAGACCAGCGGCCAGGUCGGCUCAAUUCGGACGACAAAGCCAUCAGGAUCAUCGGUGCCCGCUGCUGGGUCGUUCACUAACGAGGGCGAUGGAAGCGGCCCCAACCAUGACCAGGGCACCGAGGAACUGGCAUCAAUGGUGUGGAAUUUUGUCAACACCGCUGGAAGCCUUGUGCAGGAACUCGACACCGAGGAUGAAGUGAAGUUGUUGCGGUUGCGAACCAAGAAGCAGGAGUUUGUCAUCGUUCCCGAUGCAAAAUAUCUGUUGAUUGUAAUCCACGACACCACAGUCUGA